UGCUAAGUACUGCCACCCGCCACUAUUCUAAACAGAAAAUACCUAAAUUUAAAUAAAUAGUAAAAUGUAAAAUCAUAGCUCUCAGUAAAAUUCAUAAAUUAAAUUAAUUAAGAGUAAGUAAUAAAUUGACAUCUUAACACGUAAUAAUAUUUUUAAAGAAUACUGUAAAAAUAACACUCUCUGCAAAAUUUUUAAUAUUUAACAGAUACACCAACUUAUGUAUUCCAGAAAAGCCUCAAAAACCCAAAACCACUUUAAUCACAUGACGUAAACAUACAUACGUCAGAUGAAAUAAAAAUAAAAACAAAAUUCCUGACUAGAUACAAUUUAAUUUAGAUUAUCAUUAAUUUUCGAGAACCGUUGGAUAUACAGUUUCCCUACUUUCUCGCGUGAGUCACCUCUUAUCGGCGUUUUACCAGUUAUUGUUGAUAGUUGGGUAGUUUAUUUUAAGCAAACUAAGAGGCAAGUUGUUUUAGUCAAUACCGAAGGCACAUUUAAGAAGCAAAAAUGUCGCUGUAUCCGAGUUUAGAAGAUAUGAAGGUGGAUCAAAUGGCCACUGCUCAAUAUAAUCAUAUUGCAAAGAGUAUUGCAGCAUCCCCACAGUCUAGUGCCCCACCGCCAUAUGGAUAUCCAAGUUUUGAUUCCAUGCCAGUUCCUUCUGAAAAUGAUGCUGCAAAUAAUGGGACCCUGUAUCCUUCUUUGGGUGAAUAUAUGGGCUUAGAAUUGAGUGAAUCUGUGAUAGCUGUAAACAUGCCGGAGUAUUCCCAAGCACUGAGCAAUUUAGUAAACCGACCGCAAUCAACUUCGAUCACUGGCUUAAUUGCACCCGUUUCCGGCCAAUCUUUGGGUCUGCAACGAGCUCAAGUUACUCAUGGAGUUCGCGAAUUGACCUUAUGCAAAGAUCAAGAUGGGAAGGUCGGCGUCCGCGUUAAAGCUAUCAACAAAGGAAUUUUCGUGAGCGUCGUUGUUGAUAAAUCUCCCGCUGCUCUUGCUGGUUUGAGGUUCGGUGAUCAGAUAUUGCAGAUUAAUGGAGAAAAUGUUGCUGGUUUUUCCAUGGACAAGGUUCACACAAUGUUCAAAAAGAGUCCCGUAAAUGGUAUAAAAGUCGUCGUAAGAGACAGACCAUUCGAAAGAACCAUAACAUUGCACAAAGACAGUGUCGGCUGCAUAGGAUUUCAAUUUAAAAAUGGAAAAAUCAAUACGAUCGUCAAGGAUUCAUCCGCCGCUAGAAAUGGUGUUUUGACUGAACACCAAUUGUUGGAAGUCGACGGCCAAAAUGUAGUUGGUUUAAAAGAUAAGGAAGUUUCUAAUAUAAUUAUAAAGGCAGGUCCAGUCGUCACAAUUACUGUUAUUCCAUGCUUCUUGUAUGACCACAUGAUCAAAUCAAUGCGUGGCUCUCUACUAAAAGAUUUGAUGGAUCACUCAAUCCCUACAUUGUAAACAUAUCACUUCACUUAUCGUUAUCCAGAACUGAAUGGUAAUCUUUAGAAUAGAUUAUUUGUAUUUUUGCAUGCGUUUCAACAAUAUAUUUUUUUAAUAUGUAACAAGUAUCCAUAUAAAAAACAUUUAUAGCAUUUAGCUGCUGUUAUAUCAUUUUAGAUUAGCACACAUUGAUUAUAUAUAAGUAUAUUUUUUUUUAUACAAGCUUGAAAGGCUGUUUCAAAAUAAGUGCUGCUUUAAAGACGAUACGUAUUUUAAAACAUGUGUAUCCGGGGCAAACACGCCCUAUAUCAAGACUGCAGUAUUUAAAAUAACCAGGAAAAACUACACAAGAAAUUAAUAUUGGAAAAAAUCAGAAAUUCUAUUUUCGGUUUCUUAGCAUUACAAUACAGAAACAAAAUCAGUAACGCUGCGACUGUGAAAUAAAGAUUCCGAAUAUUCGACAUGGGUGUCAGAGCGUGGAAAGAUUAUUAUCUUUUUAUAUUUAACUAUUUUCAAUUGAACUAUCUUUUAGCACCUCAAAACUGUAAAUUUGCAUUGUCGUGCAAUUCGCCCUGCAUCAAUACUAAAUUAAUUUUUUUUCGGCGGGCAGCUGUCUCAAACUAUCUCCAUGAUUGAUUGUCGCAUGGCCGACAUAUUAAAAUUGUAAAAUUGACGGUGAUUGGAGCAACGAAUCGUUAUAUGUAACGUUACAUCCGUUCCCGUUUCAAAAAAAAAACAUUCCAAAGUCAC